AUGGAGCUGACCAAGAUCCUUGUACUGCUUACUGUGGAGUGGAGCAUUUCCCUGGCUCUUCCUUUAGGGGACGGUCACGGUAAAUGGAGUGAAACCAAUGAUGGUAAGGAUGAUGGCCAUAAGACUAUAUUUGAGCAAAUUGAAGACAGGAACAAAGGUAUCCCCAAACCUCUAAUUGGAGGGGACAUCGCUUUUCAAGUUUCCCGCAGCGCAAUAAACUGUGUUUAUUGUUUGUGGACAAUAUCCCGAGAUGGGACAGCUUACAUCCCAUAUGUCAUUUCCUCUAACUAUAGUAAUUCAGAGACAUCGUUGAUUAUGUCUGCUUUGGAGGAGUUUGAAGUCAUGAGCUGCAUUAAGUUUGUGAGCAGGAAUUCAGAAAGAGACUAUUUAAGCAUAGAACCAGGAUCAGGGUGUUGGUCUUACAUUGGAAGAAUUGUUGGCAAACAGAUGGUGAGCCUGGACAAAGUUGGUUGUGUCCGCUAUGGAACAGCCCAGCAUGAAAUAAUGCACUCGCUUGGCUUUUACCACGAACAUACCAGGAGCGACAGGGAUGAAUAUAUCGAUGUCAUAUGGGAGAACAUCAUAAAAGAUGCCGAAGAAAACUUUUGGAAGGAGGACACCAAUAACCUGAAUCUCCCAUAUGACUACAACUCUGUGAUGCAUUACCACAGCUCUGCCUUUAGCAAUCCACGCGGCAGAAAAACCUUAAUCCCAAAACCUGACCCCAACGUUCCUCUUGGACAGAGGGUAGGAAUGAGCAGUCUGGAUGUCACGAAGCUGAACACCCUCUACAAAUGCAAUCUCUGUCGUUCAAAGUUUAUGAGUCCUUCAGGAUCCUUCAGAGCCGACAGCAGCUCCUUCAAACAACGCAAUGACAACUGCCUGUGGCUGAUCCAAAUCCCAAUAAACAAGGUCUACCUGCAGCUCCGUGACAUCAACAUUCCUCAAUCCCCUGGAUGUGAUGGCAGCUACAUCAAAAUCUAUGAUGGAGCUAGUAAAAAAGCCCAAGUUCUGCUGGACAAGACCUGCGGAGAUGUGGUACUUCCACCUAUAAUUUCUUCAGGAACAAGGAUGUUGGUGGAAUUUGUGAGAAAAAACAAAGUUGUUUCAAAGGGAUUUGCUGCUGACUAUAAUACUGUUGAAUACGGCGGAACGUUUGUCACAGAUAAUGGGGGGCUGCUGUCUCCUAGGUACCCUGACAAUUAUCCCAACAACGUAGAUGCUCUGUGGACCAUCAUAGCACCAGUAGGAUCUAAGGUGUCCCUGAUUUUUUCUGCUUUUAAAUUACAAACUUCUGAAACGUGUUCCAAUGACUACUUGAAAACAUUAGAAAUUAAGAUUUUGUACCACGUGGUGAUGUGCAAGGCGGAUCCUACAAACAGUUCACAUCUCUAA